CGCCCUUGCGUCCCGGCACUGCGCAAGAGCGGAACCGCGUGCGUUUCCUGUGUGCCUCUGGGCGGGUGCGGAUUGCAGUUGGGUUUGGGUCCUGGCCUGCGGGGCGCCGGCCGGGGUUUACUCUUUUGGGCGUGUGGCUCUACAGCUACAACAACCACCCAGAAAAGAUGAGUGAGGAGGCCAAUGAUGACAAGAAGCCCACAACCAAAUUUGAACUGGAGCGAGAAACAGAACUUCGCUUUGAGGUAGAGGCGUCACAGUCCGUUCAGCUGGAGUUGUUGGCUGGCAUGGCAGAGAUCUUUGGCACAGAGCUGACCCGAAACAAGAAGUUCACUUUUGACGCUGGGGCCAAGGUAGCCGUUUUCACUUGGCAUGGCUGCUCUGUGCAGCUGAGUGGCCGCACUGAGGUGGCCUAUGUCUCCAAGGACACGCCUAUGCUGCUGUACCUCAACACUCACACAGCCCUGGAGCAGAUGCGGAGGCAGGCAGAAAAGGAAGAGGAGCGUGGGCCCCGAGUGAUGGUUGUGGGCCCCACGGAUGUGGGCAAAUCCACUGUGUGUCGUCUGCUGCUCAACUACGCAGUGCGUCUGGGCCGCCGUCCUACUUAUGUGGAACUGGAUGUGGGCCAGGGCUCCGUGUCCAUCCCUGGUACCAUGGGAGCCCUGUACAUUGAGCGGCCGGCAGACGUGGAGGAAGGUUUCUCUAUCCAGGCUCCACUGGUCUAUCAUUUCGGCUCCACCACUCCUGGGACCAACAUCAAGCUGUAUAAUAAGAUUACAUCACGCCUAGCAGACGUGUUUAACCAGCGGUGUGAGGUGAACCGGAGGGCCUCUGUGAGCGGCUGCGUCAUCAACACUUGCGGCUGGGUCAAGGGCUCUGGGUAUCAAGCGCUGGUGCACGCGGCCUCUGCCUUUGAAGUGGAUGUGGUCGUGGUGCUGGACCAGGAGCGACUGUACAAUGAGCUGAAACGCGACCUGCCCCACUUCGUUCGCACAGUGCUGCUUCCCAAAUCCGGGGGUGUGGUGGAGCGCUCCAAGGACUUCCGGCGGGAGUGCCGGGACGAGCGCAUCCGUGAGUAUUUCUAUGGCUUCCGGGGCUGCUUCUAUCCCCAUGCCUUCAAUGUCAAGUUUUCAGAUGUGAAAAUCUAUAAAGUGGGUGCCCCCACCAUCCCUGACUCCUGUCUGCCACUGGGCAUGUCGCAAGAGGACAACCAGCUCAAACUGGUGCCUGUCACCCCGGGCAGGGACAUGGUGCACCACCUGCUGAGUGUGAGUACAGCCGAGGGCACAGAGGAGAACCUCUCGGAGACCAGUGUGGCCGGCUUCAUUGUGGUGACCAGCGUGGACCUGGAGCACCAGGUGUUCACCGUGCUCUCUCCGGCACCUCGGCCACUGCCCAAGAACUUCCUGCUCAUCAUGGACAUCCGGUUCAUGGAUCUCAAAUAGAGGGAGGCAGCAAACCUUGCUCUAUGCAGGGUGGGCUCACCUUCCGGCUGUCACCAGGGCCAGAUGGGGUACGAGGAGGUGCGAGGUCGACUGCCCCAGAAGCAGUGCCAAGGAAGUGUGUUUUCUCCCUCCAGACUCUUCCAACAUGGAGCCAAAAUUGGGACUGUGGGGCUGGGGAUUUAGCUCAGUGGUACAAUGCCUGUCUAGCAAGCUGGAAGCCCCUAGGUUCAGUCCUUAGCACCAAAAAAUAAAACAAAAAAAAUCUAAAAAACAAACAAAAAAAGCAGGGCUGAGAAAACGUGCCUGCCUUUUUGAGAUCACCCAAGAUGCCAUUUGAAACUCUUAAGACCUCAGAGAAUUUCAUCUUGCUUAGGUGCUUCUGUGUGGACUAUUUUUGAUUACCACUUCAUAGCAGUAUAUACAACUGACUGUCUUUCUUAUUUAGGAUAAGAGUGUAAAUUGGACAGAUUCUUUUCAAUAAACCAAAUUUAAAAAUUAUUUUACUAUGUUUGCUAUAUCAUGGAAAUGUGAUUAAAAAAUAAUUUUUCUCAGAGUUGCACAAA